AUGCGCCUGAUUGUACGCGAAAAUUAUGAAGAGGUUUCUUCCUAUGUUGCCUACUAUGUCAAAGAACGAAUCAAUCAGUUUGCCCCCACCAAAGAGCGACCAUUCGUGCUCGGCCUACCUACUGGUUCAUCUCCUAUCGGUGUCUACCACAAGCUAGUUGAUUUUAAUGCAGCUGGGCAGUUGAGCUUUGAGCACGUUGUGACAUUCAAUAUGGACGAAUACGUAGGAUUACCGACGGAUCAUCCACAAUCGUACCAUACUUUUAUGUGGAAUCAUUUAUUCAAACAUGUUAAUAUCAAGAAAAACAACGUUCACAUUCUUGAUGGCAAUGCAAGUAACUUGGACGAGGAAUGCCGUAAAUUUGAAGCGGAGAUCGCAAAGCUUGGUGGCAUCGAGCUGUUUCUAGGCGGUAUUGGACCGGAUGGACACAUUGCAUUCAACGAGCCAGGAUCGUCACUCACAUCACGUACCCGUGUCAAGACUCUGGCGUACGAGACGAUUAUUGCUAAUGCGCGAUUUUUUGGAGGCGAGGUAUCACGUGUCCCGAAACUUGCGCUGACGGUGGGCGUAGCCACAGUAAUGGAUGCGCGGGAGGUAAUGCUUGUGAUUACUGGAGCGCACAAAAGCCUAGCAUUGGCCAAGUGUGUGGAAGAAGGAGUGAAUCACAUGUGGACAGUCUCAGCCAUCCAGAUGCAUCCCAAGGGCCUGAUCGUGUGUGACGAAGAUGCUACUUUGGAGUUACACGUCAAGACCGUCAAGUACUUCAAGUCAAUUGAGCAUGUCCACCAUUCCAUUAUUGGUCCCCAUAACCUAGGACUGCAGGGCAAUCUCCUACGUAACAUGGUUGAUACUAAUCAAGCGGCUAAACGACGGAGAAGACUAAUGCUCCAAAACUUGCUGAACAAUGAUGAUGACGAUGGACGCCGUCGCGAAAGCUCACCAGAAGACGAUGCUGCAGUGGCAGCAGCAGCAGCAGUAGCAGAAGCUGGCCAAAAGAGAAAAAGAAGAAACUCAGCCUACUGGCAGGAAACUUCGGCUGCGCUUGAUGUCAAUCCUUAA